AUGCCCACCGUGUCCCUAUUCGAGUACAUUGCGGCGAAGCUAGAGGAGCCGCCCCUCACCCCGGAAGAGCUUGAGUUCUUCGCGGAGCAUGAGAAGAUUGAGAUCAUCCCCAACUUCACCCUUAACCUUCCCAACAGCAUGCUCACGUGCAUAGAGGGCACGUACGGCCCAUUUCGUCCAAACAUACCUAUCAAGGUGCCUUUAUAUCUAGCACUGUCAUUGUAUCGGCGAGGAAAAUGCCGCAUCCAGCUGCCGGCCUGGAUGGCCAAGGAGGACCUUAAAGGAACCCUAGAGGAGGAGCGGACGCAUCCGCAGUACUUCCAGCCGGUGCCGCAGUACUACGUGGAGAUCAGCAAAUUGCUGUUCACCGAGGCGCGCGCGAUCUUUGGCAGCAACAGUGAGCUAUGCGAGAUCCAGGACCUGAUUGAGGAGCUUAAGAAAGUGCGAAACAGCAAGAUCCUGGAUGGGCUAAGGAAGGUUUCCGGGCCCAUCACCGUCAAGCUCAACCACCUCAGCGCCACGGAAAGCAAUAAGAUCCGCCUGUUGUUUGAAAACUCGCUCAACAUGUGGCACCAGCUCUCGAAGGCAAGACCCGCGUUGCUGCAAUGCUAUCUUGGUCCUCAGUUGUUGCAUCGCACGCCGCCAAUAUUCCUGCCCCCAAUACUCCCAUUGCAUUCUGUACCUGCUUUCCAGAAUGACAAGGUCUGGCAGGAGAACCGGCUAGCAGGCACCGACACGCCGACGACGCUAUAA